CGGGCGGGCCCGGGCUGCUGCGGCGGGGCCAUGUCGGGCAGGAGGGUGCGCGGGCGGCGCGGGACGGGGGCAGGGACACGGACACAGACACCGGACCGGCCACGGGCGGAGCUGUCCGGCGGCUCCCCUAGGCCCGACCGGUUCUGCCCUCAGUGCGGGCUCGCCGUGGAGCCCGCGUUCCGCUUCUGCCCGGCUUGCGGCGGGAGGCUGCCCGCGCCGCCCGAGGAGCACACCGAGCUCGCAGCGCGGGCCCCCAGCCCGCCGCCGGCCCCGAGCCCGCCGCCGGCCCCCAGCCCCGCCACCUCCCCCUCCCUACGGGCGGCCGCGGCCCGGCUGGGGCCCCGCUCGCCCCGCAAGCCCCGGCCCGGCCCGGCCGCGCCGCUCCCGGCGGACACGGUGCUGACGGACCAGGGCGGGCGGCAGUGGAGGCUGGUGCGGCUGCUGGAACAGGGCGGCUGCGGGCUGGUGUACGAAGCGCAGUCAGCAUCUGGAACCUCUCCUCAAAAGCAAAGCUACUCCCUCAAACUUGUGAGUUUUGAUCUGUUUGGCAGGAUGUGUGUGGCUGAAGUAACGCUCCUCCCUGUUCCCUUUAGGAUGCCAAAGAUGGGAGGAUCUACAAUGAACAGAAUUUCUUCCAGCGAGCUGCAAAAGCAGGCACAGAAGUGGAAGAAGUGGCAUUCCGUGCCGCUGCUGGGCAUCCCCAACUGUGUUGGCUUUGGACUGCAUGCAGACAGCUACAGGUUUUUGGUGUUCUCUGAUUUGGGGCGAUCUCUUCAGUCUGUCCUGAGCGAUGGCCUGCACCUGCUGAGGGAGAAGGCAGCUUUUCAGAUUGCAAUUCGUGUGCUAGACUGCCUGGAGUACAUUCAUGAGAAUGAGUAUGUGCAUGGGGACAUCACUGCUGAGAACAUCUAUUUGAACCCAGCAGACCUCACACAGGUGACCCUCGCUGGCUACGGCUUCGCGUUCCGCUACUGCCCCGGGGGAAAGCACGUGGCUCGGCGCGAGGGCAGCAGAACCCCUCACGAGGGCACCGUGGAAUUCAUCAGCCUGGACAGCCACAAGGGCACAGGACCAUCUCGACGGAGUGACUUGGAAUCUCUGGGCUACUGUCUUCUGAAAUGGCUCUGUGGCAUUUUGCCUUGGUCUGAUGAGCUGGACAAAAUAAAAGCUGUGGUGGAACAGAAAGAAAGGUACAGAAAGGAUGUGAGAUGCCUUCUCCAACUAUGCUUCAGGCAGAGAUCCAUUCCAGAUGCCCUGGAGAACUACCUGGAGCAGGUGAUGGCACUGGAGUAUGAGGAGAAGCCUGACUACACAGCCCUGCGGCAGCUCUUUGGGAAGCCACUGGAAAAGAUGAAAGCUUCAGCUUACGACUCCGUGGAUGUCCGAGUGGUGCCCUGAGAUCAAGGAAGAGUUCAGAGCUUUCUGCAGUGAGGCCUUUCCCAGAUAUAUUUUCACUUUUACCAGUUUUAGAAUGACAGGUUUUUAUAAGAGUUUUCUUCCCACGUUAAUGUGACCCAGUGCUGAAGUUUGAGCUGCUGCUGUACCAAAUUAAUGUGAAAAGACUCCUGCAUGGGAGAUCAGGGGAAGCAGUAGCUGGAGAACUGGAGUGGAGCCACUGUGAGCCAGGAAAACUAAAUCAGGGAUUUUCUCUUUUGAAUGAGAGUGGCAGUACAUGGUUUUGUAAUAAACUUUGUGGACAAGUA